GCGUUCGCCAUCGAUGACGCGAAAGGAGCGCCACACUAUUUCUGCCUGUCCGAUGGUCGUCGGCGUCUGCUAAACCUUGUGCGCGAUGAACAGCGUUGGGGAAGGUUGCACCGAACUCAAGCGGGAGUACGAUCAUUGUUUUAACCGCUGGUUCGCCGAGAAGUUCCUCAAGGGUGACCGCAGUGGCGACCCCUGCUCUGAAAUGUUCAAAAAGUAUCAGCAGUGUGUGCAGCAAGCCAUUAAGGACAAGGACAUACCUGUUGAUGGGAUAGAAUUCAUGGGGCCCAACAAAGAGAAACCAGAAAGCUGAUGUGAAGGCUCCUGUGCUGCUGGACUCCACUGAGACUUGGAAGGAGAUGCAAAACUCCUUGUCAUUUGAUGGUGUCUUUGUAUCUUUUGCUGUAUGGAUGGGGUGUGUGUGCGCGCCUCUGGGACCACCCUGAACACGUACGCUAAAUUCAGACAUGGUUUUCUUUUAAAAGAAAAAGUGUAAUGGCAGUGAUGUCCAAUGCUAAUAAUUGUCCAGAUAACAUUGGAACACUAAUGUCACCAACUCGCCUUGGGCAAACAAACUGAAACCUCAGAACAUCAAAUGUCAAAAUUAUUUGGGAUCAUUUGUUGGAGAAGCCAUCAUAAUGCAGAUGUCAAAGUCAUAUCAGUGCAUAUCAACUACACACAACAACCACCAUUUAGAGUCGGAAUGUUAGACGUCAAUACAUAGAAGUCAUUCCCCACCACUAUUUGUGUUCUGAAGCAUUUCACGAAAUUCUCUUUUACAUCACGAGAUUUCACGUGACGAGAGGUAACCAAAGAAGAGCUUGUAUGUGUGCUUGGUCCUGGCCUCGAGACUGAUGUGCCUCCUCACAGACAGGCCUUUUCAUAAUCCUGUCCUGACUGUUGGCUGGAUUUUCUAUUGCGCCUGUAAUGCCAGAUGCUGCUACUUGGAGGUGCUCAGUUUUUUAGCUUUUGGUCUUGCUGUGGACUACACAAAAUAGUAAUGAUGGAAUGCAUGGCUGAAAGGUCUCUUCCUGUGGUGUUACAUGGUCCUUUAUUUUUUUAUUUAAUUAUGUUUGAGUUGUGUAUCAUGCAGACAGUCCUCCAAUGUUUUAUUCUAAUGUUUACAAUAAAUUCUGGCAAAUAA